GAGCGAGAGAGCGAGAGCGAGAGAGAGAGAGAGAGAGAGAGAGAGAGAGAGGAAGAGAGAGCAGGAGCAAGGUGCACACGUUGCCCUGCUUCCCCAUUGCAGCCGCGACCGGCAGGGAGAGAGGAGCUCCCCGACUAAUCAGCGGGAACAACAGAGCCUCAGAACACUUGGUGGACAGAUCAAUAUCCCCCCAGCAGAAGAGACAGGCACAAGGAGAAGCUUUCUUAGGAUCACCGACAGAGAGAUAGACACACACCGAGACGGAUAGAGAGAAAGAGAGACCGAGUCAGAGGAAGACAACCCAAAGCAUCCUCCUUCCUGCUUCUUAGACUGGGAUUCUGUAGUCCAGAGAUUGUGGUCAAAACAUAGCUUAGGUGGUCUUGGCCUCUACUGGGGGAGAGAUUAAAGUGCAGCCGGGGAAGACCUUCACCUGGUGCCUCAGUGCCAGUUUAGUAAUUGCCUGUGCUACUUUGCGAGCCAGCUCUGCUACCCCAGCUAAAAUGUCGGGUGGAUGCCCCAUGAUGUUACGGGGCUACGUGGUCGGACUUUCCCUUUCCCUCGUGCUCCUUGGAGUGGGUGCCCUUCCGCCGCGGGGGGGGAACCUGGUGAGGACCACCAGAGUCAAGCGGCAGGCCCCCGACGCCGACGCAGCCUCCGCAGGCAACCAGAGCCAACCCAUGGUCUUCAACCACGUCUACAACAUCAACGUGCCCCUGGAAUCCUUGUGCUCAGUGGACCUGGAGGCGACCGCGCCCAGCAAGGGGGCGAAGGAGGCGACGGGCGGCAGCAGCACCGCCGCCACCACGCCCGCCGAGUACACUGAGGAGACGGUGGACUUGGACAGCCAGGUCAUGUUCACGCACCGCAUCAACAUCCCUAAGCAGGCGUGCGGCUGCUCGAGCCCCUCCUCCGCCACCAUCCAGCAGCUGGCCAGCCGCAUCGAGAUGCUGGAGAGGGAGGUGUCCCUGUUACGGGCGCAGUGCAGCUCCAGUUGCUGCGGGGAGAGCUCAGCCAUGGGGCGUCUGGACUUCCUCCCUCACUGCAGCGGCCACGGCACCUUCAGCAUGGACACGUGUGGCUGUGCGUGUGACGAGGGCUGGACGGGCAAGAACUGCUCCGAGCCCCGUUGCCCGGACGACUGCUCUGGCCAGGGAGUGUGCAUCGACGGCGAGUGUGUUUGCGACCGGGACUUUGGCGGCGACAACUGCUCAGAGCCCCGCUGCCCGGGGGAUUGCUCGGACCGGGGCCUGUGCCUCGACGGGGAGUGCGUCUGUGAGGAGGCCUACACCGGCGACGACUGUUCCCAGAGCAGGUGCCUGAACGACUGCUCCGAACAGGGCCUCUGCGUCAACGGGACCUGCCAGUGUCGCCCGGGCUUCGUGGGAGAGGACUGCUCCGUGGUCUUCUGCGCUAACAACUGCAGCCAGAAAGGAGUCUGUAAGGACGGCUUCUGCGUCUGCCAAGAGGGCUUCACGGGAGAUGACUGUGCAUCCGUGGGUCCACCCUUGAACCUUCGAGUGCGAGGAGUGACAGAACGUACCAUAGACCUGGAGUGGGAGGGUUCGGUGAUGCUGACAGACUACCUGAUCACCUACGUGCCAACCAGCGCGGGAGGUGUGCAACUUGAGAUCAGGUUACCAGGCAAUGUUACCAAUGGCACCAUUAAGGAGCUUGAGCCGGGGAUUGAGUACAACAUCAACGUCUAUGCCGUGCUCAACAACGUCAUCAGCAUACCUGUUACUGCUCAAGUGUCAACGUAUCUUUCGAAUCCAGACGGUUUAGUCUUCAAAUCCAUCACAGAAACAUCGGUGGAGGUCCAGUGGAAGCCCUUCGACUACUUGUUUGAUGGCUGGGAAAUAAGCUUCAUUCCCAAGGAUAACGACGGGGGGAUGACGGCGCAGCUGCCCAGCACCAUCACCUCCUUCCACCAGACGGGGCUGAGACCGGGGGAGGAGUACACCGUCAACCUGGUGGCGCUGAGGGACCAGGGAAGGAGCCAGCCCGUCACGGCCACCGUUGCCACCAUGAUCGAUGGCCCGACUGACCUGAUAGUCCGAGACGUCUCGGAGUCUGUGGCCUUCGUGGAGUGGACCCCACCCAAGGCCAAAGUGGACCAGAUCAUCCUCCGCUACUGGCUGGUUGGGGUGGAUGGCCCCAAGACCACUUUCCGCCUGCAGCCGACUCUAAGCCAGUACUCCCUGCAAGUGCUGCAGCCGGGCUCGCGAUACGAAGUGUCUGUCAGCGGGGUCCGCAAGGGGAACGAAAGUGGAGCCAUUUCAACUGAGUUCACCACCGUUCUGUCAUUUUUCUCAGAGCUGGACGCGCCCAAGAACCUGCGCGUGCUGUCCAGGUCAUCCACCUCUCUGGAGCUGGAGUGGGACAACAGCGAGGCGGAGGUGGAGGGCUACCGCGUCGUCUACAGCACACUGGCCGGUGACCAGUACGACAAGGUGGAUGUACCGCGCAACGAGGGAGCCACCAGUCAGGCGAUGCUCACAGAUCUGUUGCCUGGCACGGAGUAUGGCAUUGGGAUAUCUGCUGUGCUCGGCGCCAACCAGAGCACUCCUGCCACCAUGAACGCCAGAACGGACUUGGAUGUCCCAAUGGACCUGACGGUGACAGCUUCCACAGACAACUCCAUCACCCUGCAGUGGGGUAUAGUGCAGGGUCCCAUCGACCACUACCGGAUCACGUACACAUCCUCCAGUGGGGUUAAAACUGAACUCACCAUGCCCAAAGAUGUCACAUCGACCACUCUGACCGAUCUGGUGCCUGGGACUGAGUACACCAUCACGGUGGCAGCACAGAGAGGCAGGCAGCAAAGCACAGUAGCAAGCAUUGAUGCUUUCACAGGGUUCCGCCCUGUUACCCAGCUCUACUUCUCGGACAUCACGUCUGAUUCGCUGACAGUGGCCUGGGGCGCCCCUGCCCCGCCCGCUGACACCUUCGUCCUGAGCUACACUACCGAAGAUUUCAGGCAUAGCUCCCAAGUCACCCUCGAUGGAUCCAAAACCAGAACUACAUUCAGAGACCUCCUUCCCUCAAGAAAGUAUAUCAUCACCCUGGUUACUGUCCGUGGUGAUGUCACUGAAACUGUUGAAGGAACAGUUGUUACAGGUAUCGACCCCCCACGGGAUAUGACAGUGUCGUAUGUUACGGAGGACACUGUAACAAUAUCAUGGCAGCAGCCCCUCGCAUCCUUCGACUACUACAAGAUGUCUUACCAGUCAGCCAAAGGCAGGGUGGACAGUGUGGUGAUUGACAGUGAUGUCACUAACUACACCCUGACCAGCCUCUACCCUGCCACUGAGUACGAGAUAAACCUCAAUGUGGUGCGAGGGAGCCAGGAGAGCAGCAUCGUCACCACCAGUGUUUUCACAGCGAUGGACAUGCCUAUGGAUCUCACAGCCCUGAACGUGACUCCCCAGGGGGCUCUGCUGCGGUGGAAUCCCCCCCUGUCCAACGUGGACAACUACGUACUCACCCUCACCCGCAACCAAGUGACUGCCGACACCUUCCUGGUGGAGGGAAACAAGCAGGAGUAUCAGCUGAGCCAACUCAUCCCCAGCACCACCUACUCAGUGGCCCUCUACGCCACCAAGGGCCCUCUCACUAGCGGCACCGUCAUCUCCAACUUCGCCACCCCCAUGGACGCCCCGCAGAACCUGACAGCCAGCGAGGUCAACCACCGGAGCGCGCUCAUCUCCUGGCAACCGCCCAUCGCAGACAUCGACAACUACAUGCUGACGUACAAGUCUGCUGAUGGCAGUCGUAAGGAGCUGAUCCUGGAUGCGGAGGACACUUGGAUCCGUCUGGAGGGCCUGGCCGAGACUACUGAGUACACGGUGCGCCUGCAGGCGGCACGGGGCCUGGAGACCAGCGCUGUCGUGUCCAUGUCCUUCACCACAGGAAACCGUCUGUUUGCCACCCCGCAGAACUGCGCCCAACACCUGCUGAAUGGGGAAACCCUGAGCGGCGUCUACACCAUCUACAUCAACAGGGACCCUAGCCAGGGGGUGCAGGUCUACUGCGACAUGACCACCGAUGGCGGGGGCUGGCUUGUCUUUCAGCGACGCCAGAAUGGCCUGACUGAUUUCUCUAGGAAAUGGAGUGACUACCGGAGCGGUUUUGGCAACCAGGAGGACGAGUUUUGGCUAGGCUUGGACAACAUUCAGAGGAUUUCUUCUCAAGGACGCUACGAGCUGCGGAUUGACAUGAAAGAUGGGCAGGAGUCCGUGUAUGCCACCUACGAUAAGUUUGUCCUCGGGGACGCCAGGAGCCUCUACAAACUGAGGAUAGGGGAGUACAACGGCACAGCAGGGGACUCUCUCACCUACCACCAGGGUCGACCCUUCUCCACUAAGGACAGGGACAAUGACAUUGCCGUGACAAACUGUGCCCUCUCCUACAAAGGGGCCUGGUGGUACAAGAACUGCCACAGGGCCAACCUCAACGGCAAAUACGGGGAGUCCAGACACAGUCAGGGUAUUAACUGGUACCACUGGAAAGGACAUGAGUUCUCCAUCCCUUUCGUCGAGAUGAAGAUGCGGCCAUUUAACUACCGAAGCAUAAGUGGAAAGCGAAGGCGGUCCACCCCUUUAUAAUCCCCCAUACCCUUAUCCCCUAACCCCUGCCCCUCGUCUUGCUGGCUGUCCCUAUUUGUACACAGGCUGGGAGAAGGAUAGGUAAAGCUACGGCAUUAAUCUACAAACGAUGAAAAGAAGACACCACCGUCCCUAGGAGAGCUGUAGUCUUAAGGCCGUUUCUUUGAUGUAAAACAGGUAGUGCUAUUGGGGAGAUGUGAGGGCAUCAGAGGUGCUACUCACACACCACAAAUGCCCUCAAGAAAAAUAAAUCUAUCUAUCUAUAUAUAUAUAUAUAUAUAUAUAUAUAUACAUUCUAGCAACAUCAUAAGCAAGAAAAAUCAGAGAAGCUGUUAUUUUUUUCCUGUUUGAGAGAAAAAGAGACUUUAACAAAACAAACAAAAAAAAACAUAAUGCCCUUAAGAUGCCUCUAUUUUUAUAACUGAUAUUGUAACUGAAUACAUGUGAUCACAACACAAAGCUUAGUCUUCUUUUAGUCAAAUUAGUGACCAUUGUUUGAAUUGAAUGCCCUCUGACCAGCCAUUGUAGAUUUGCAUUCAUUAUGAAUGGGAAAUGACUUUGUAGGCCCAGUUUUGCUUUAUUAUUUAUAACUCUUAGUUUGUAUUAUGUAAUUACACAACUGUAAAACCCUGAAUUGGUAAAAUGAGAAAUGUAUACAGUCCUUAAGGGUAAUGUGAGAAAAUGUUAAUUGCGCAAGGAAAGGGUUCCUUCUUGAUCCCAUUUCUCUUUUGUUGCUUACAGAAGAGCCAAAGAUGUGCAUUAGAGCAAUGUACAAAAACUUUGACAAAAGUGUCACUCACUCGACAUUUUAUUGGCUAAAAUGUAACAGAUUUCUUUGGAUUAUUUCAAAUAAAUACACCUAUGAAUGACCCUUAUCAAAGUAAUCGUAUAAUGCCCAUAAAAUAUUCAUUUAUACUUUGACCAUCUACAUUCAGACCCUAACCACAUCAUAGUUAUACAUGUCAGUUGUUCAGUAAAUGGUAUUUUGUGCUUUAUUUAUUAUUUCCGAAAGGUGCUUUGUUACUCCACUUUUUUUGUGCGUUUACUGGAUAUACCAUAGAUUGCAAUAGGUUAUUGUUAUUGACCACCAAGAAAUCUGUCCGAAACAACACAAGCCCUCUUCUGUAUCCGUAUCCAUUUCAACAUAUUUGAAAAGCAAGGCUUAUAGAGAGUAAGGUGUCCCUACAAACACCAACUGCAAGUUUGCAUCCUACCCAUGCCUUUACGUGGUUUAAUGUUCAUAUUCCUUUCAACUUGAAAUGGUCAGUAACUCCAUGUUCAAGUGUGUCAGUAACUCCAAGUUCCAGUGUGUCAGUAACUCCAAGCUCCAGUGUGUCUUUUAGAUUAUUUCCAUGUGCUAAAAGUCAUUGGGAGCACCGGGAAGAGUUGAAUCGGUCUUGUAGCGUCGUUUCCUGUUUGUUUAGAAGAAGACUAAGGCAGAAGCAAGCACUUUGAAGCUUUGACACGUCUCGAGCACCACUCUAACCGCCCUGACUUAUGCGGAGUCAGUCGCACAAGGCGCAAACUGUUUGCAUGCCAACGGUAUGAUUAAUUGUCACCAGCGCAACUGCGAAAAUGUGUCAUGAUAAUGUCUGCAGAAGGAAAGUGGUUUGUUUUCUUCUCUGGAACAAAUUGACCAGAUAGGAAGUGACACGUGACAGGCAGCCUCAGAGCGACCUCUGACAGGAGUGGCUAUCCCUCGAACGAGUUCUUAUUUUAAAAGCUAGACUAGAAUGUGUAUUUACUCAGUAGAUUGCCUUUGCCUCAAUGUAGUUUGUACAGGAGAUGGAGAUAUGGCUUUAUGGAGAAUUGUAGAUGGAAGACUGUAACAGAUGCAAUGUCCCUUUGUGCUUACUGAUAAGUGAUGUAUUUCAUGUUUACUCACACAAUGUGACUUUACCUCAAGAUCUAUAACAUUUCGCAUUUGACACCUACAUGUAUAUGUCUACAUUACUGAUAACCACUUUAUUUAAAGUCUGAAUAUAUUUCAUAAUCUUCUAACAAACAAUCAUGUAACUGAAACCAUGCAAGUCAUGCUUUAACGUCUAAGGAAACUACACACUUCCUCUUUCAAGUGCUGACCUGCAGACCUUAUUUUGUUUUCCUGUUUGUUCAUGUGUUUGCUUUCAAUGGAAAGGCAACUGUAUUUAAUCACAGUUGCAGAGAGAGGUGACAGAUAAUGCACAGAAAAUAAAAAAGGCAAGGGAGAAGUCCAUAAUUAACAGUAAUGCGUGCAAACAUACAGAACGUGAACCGUCUUAAAAUUAGACCCAUUUAAGUUUGAAUGUUGUUCUGCUUUCAUUUUAUAUAUGCAGAUUCUGCAGUAUAAUGACUGACAUUUGUUCAGCUAUGCCCUGUUCGAGAGUCAUUUAGAUAGAUGGAAUUCGGGGAAGCGCUCCCCCCAUAACCCCCCCCACACACACACACACACACACACACACACACACACACACACACACACACACGCACACACACACUCCUUCUGUCUUUCGCCAUCUCUCCCAUUCGGCAAUGCUGGGGAAUUGCAACAAUGGCCCCAUAUGUUGCUCGGGUCCCUCUGUGAAUUUAGAUGGCACAGUUCACUGAGCACUAGUUUACUGACAAGCUCUCUACUAAUAAGGUUGGAAGCUGGUCUGUGAUGUCUUCAUUCCUCACAGCCAAACGCAGACCGCCUUCAGAUGGAUGGCACGGGCCUGGCACUUAGUCCCCCAUGGAUAUGUGAUAAAGCCUUAACACGGCAUAUUAGAUCAUUCAAAUUGAAAUUGUUGCGGACAGUGAGAGGAGGCACAGAAGAUAAUCAAUACUGCACCAGUUAAUGUAUUUAUAACUCCAGGUGGAAAGUUAGAUUAGUAGUGCUUGGGCAUUUAAUGUUCCAAAAUGAUUGAAAGGAGUCCUCAAAGAUAGUUGGAGACCUGUUUUCUUCGUCUUUUUUUUCUGUUUCACUUUAAAUAUAGGAACACUGCAGAUUUCGUUCCAUUAUUUAUUUGCUCAGCAUAUGGUAGAAGCAUUUCCAAGCCUCCCCGCUUGGCUGUCUUUCCCAUCCCCUUAACCAUUCACAAGUCACACUUUAUCAUACUAACAGUCUGAAAUGUGUGUCAGGCAGAUCACUUGGAUAUCCACGUGCCCCGCAUCCCUCACAGUAGCUGCUCAGCUGUAACCUUUUUACUUUCUGUUUGCCAAUUUGUUCUCUAAACUGUUUUUGCCUACAUGUUGCAAUUACAGACAUUCACAGUUUGGAACAGAAUUUUGGAAUGAAUGUGGAAAUCCUUUACCUCUUUUACCUCUAUGGUUCUCAGCAUCCCCAGAGAUAUGAAUAUUGCAUGCCAUGAAGAUGCUGACAAUGUGAAAAGGGGUUCGGGAGGCUCUUUUGCUGUGACAGAGUUCUGUUGGAUAACCUUGAACAUUAAUGCUAUGGAUCAGAUUAGUUCUAGUUUGGCAUAAAUGUGCUGUAUAGUUCCUUUUUUAAUACAUUUUCUACAUAUUAAUAAAAUAUUCCAAAACAA